AUGCUCAGCUCCUCCUCGGACCGCAUGAAACUGCGCAAAGAAGGCGAUGGUAACGGACAUGUAGUUGAGGCUCGAGAUUGGAUUGUCGCCACACACGUCGUUGUGAACGUCUACCCUGACAAAUCCCAGGAGCUCUCUACCCGUGAGCUUGGUCCGACGAUUGUCGCCCUUGUCGGCCUUUGCCAACUCGGCGUCCGAGAAAAAUCGGCCGUUGCCACGCCGUCGUCGUCGUCUUGGCUCAACGCCCCUGAGUCGGCCCACGAGUUCCGUGUCCUCCAACCGCUUCUGUCCGGUCACCGGAUCAACAACCUGCUUCGUCUGGCUGACACGGAUCCACCUAAAGAGCGACAAGGGUUCCAGUUCAGAGUCCGGGAUACGAUUCAGGCUCUAGCUAGCCUUGCGUUACAGGAGCAGGUUGGACUUCUUCCUGAAGUUCUGUUUUACAACGGAUAUUGA